AUGUCUAUUGCAGUGCGGGAUAGUCCGCACACUACAAUCUAUGAAGGUCAAACCUGCCAACAUGAAAAUCAGACUUCGUCGACGUCUGAGUUGUCUUGCCAAAUCACCGACGAAAAAUGGAACUACCCGCGAUCCAACAUAGCAAAGACACUGGCAACGUUCUGGAGCUUCCUAAUAAUGGGAGCAAAUGACUCCGCAUACGGUCUCGAAUCCUACUACAACCUCUCCUACACAAUCGUCUCACUCGUCUUCCUCUCUCCACUACUCGGUUAUGCCACCGCCGCAAUCGUGAACGAACGAGCACACUGUGCCAUAGGCCGACGAGGCGUAGCCUUCGUCUCAUCGUUGUGCCAUCUGAUAGCCUACAUCCUGAACUGUGUGCAUCCACCAUACCCGGUCCUCGUUGUAUCAUUCAUAUUCGCAGGUCUGGGAAAUGGCCUCGCGGACUCGGCAUGGAAUGCCUGGAUUGGAAACCUCGAUAAUGCAAAUCAAUUACUCGGUCUGCUUCAUGGAUCUUAUGGUGCAGGUGCUGUUAUCAGCCCUCUCAUUGCGUCUCUACUUGUUGCAGAUGCCGGGUUGCCGUGGUAUUAUUUUUAUUACAUUAUGAUUGGAGGCGCUGCAAUCGAGAUUCUCGUCUGCGUCGCAUGUUUCUGGGAUUCUACAGGAGCGUCAUUCCGACUCGCUAAGAAACAACAACCCGGUGAUGCCUCCGAGAAAGCAGGCUUGCGCAAGGUCCUGUCCACAAUGCCCUUUGCUCGAAUUACUUGGAUCUGCUCAAUCUUCUUACUUGGAUAUGUUGGCGUCGAAGUAGCGCUAGGAGGAUGGGUCGUGACAUUUAUGAAAAAAGUGCGGCAUGCCGCACCGUUCGCUAGCAGCAUGACGUCUACUGGAUUCUGGCUCGGUAUAACCCUUGGACGGGUUGUCCUUGGAUUUGUGACUCCUUUGAUUGGUGAGAAGAUUGCCAUCUCGAUCUAUAUCUCGCUCGAGAUCGCAUUUUGUCUCAUCUUGUAUCUGGUUCCGAACUUCUAUGCGGGCGCAGUCGCGGUAUCCCUGCAAGGGUGCUUUCUAGGUCCAUUAUUCCCAGCGGUUGUGAUUGUUACCACAAAACUCUUACCAAAGCACUUGCAUGUCAGCGCUAUUGGGUUUGCAGCAGCCUUUGGUGGUGGUGGUGCGGCUGUGCUUCCGUUUAUUGUCGGUGUACUUGCGCAGGCUAAGGGUGUUAAGGUUUUGAUGCCAUUUAUCAUAGCGCUUUCGGGGGCAAUGUUGCUUCUUUGGAAUUGUCUUCCAAGAAUCCCGAGAGAUAGAAGUGCAUCGGCUAACAAUAAACGUGAGGCUUGCUAG